GCACCCUCACACCUCGUACAGCACCACCCAAGUCCAUCCAAAUCGUCAACAUGAAGUAUUUCGUCACCUCCCUCAUUGCUCUGAUGGCCUGCGUCGCCUUCGCCGAAGAGGCGGCCAAGACAGAUGAGAAGAAAGACGUUGAAGCACGCGGCGGAGUGCUUGGCGGCCUCAGUGGAGUCGGUUACGGUGGCGGCCUCGGCACCGGCCUCGGCACUGGUUACGUCGGCACCGGUCUUGGCGGUGCUGGUCUAGGAGGCGCCGGUCUUGGCGGUGCUGGUCUAGCAGGCGCCGGUCUUGGCGGUGCUCGUCUAGCAGGCGCCGGUCUUGGCGGUGCUGGUCUAGCAGGCGCCGGUCUUGGCGGUGCUGGUCUAGCAGGCGCUGGUCUUGGCGGUGCUGGUCUAGCAGGCGCCGGUCUUGGCGGUGCUGGUCUAGCAGGCGCCGGUCUUGGCGGUGCUGGUCUAGCAGGCGCCGGUCUUGGCGGUGCUGGUCUAGCAGGCGCCGGUCUUGGCGGUGCUGGUCUAGCAGGCGCCGGUCUUGGCGGCGCCGGUCUGGCCGGCCCCGGUCUCGUGGGUCCUGGUCUCGUGGGCGGUGGUUUGGGCCACGGUGUCGGCCUCGGCCACGGAUUCCAAUCGGGCUACGGCGCCACCGCCGGGAGCCAGCAGGGCGGGUACCAGGGUGGUGCCGCCGGAUACAACCGGGGAGCCGCUGGAUUCGCCGUUGGCGCCGCUGGCAGCAAGGUCAACUCGUACAGCAACAACCAGGGCUACAGCCACAGCUCCGGUUUCUCUUCUAGCGACAGCAAGACCUUCGGCGCGGGCAACAAGCAGGCAUCGUCUGGUUUCAAGGGAGGUGCCGGAGGCCACCAGGCUGGUUUCGGACAAGCCGGCUAUGGCGGAGCCGGAGGCGUCGGUGGUGCUGGCAUUGGCCUCCACGGCUAGUCAGUGGAUGUCCACUUGAUACUAGAGAUCGCGCUGUUCUGCUACCAAGAUUGGCAUAAGUCGCAACGCUUCCGAUAUUGUUAGAAAAAAUAAUUGUUUCCAGCACCAAUGUCUAGUUUUUACUGUUGCUUUUUGCGAUUACGUUUUGCCCAGAAGUUGGCGGAAAUUGUUGCAUCUACUGCUGUUUUUUGUUUGCAUUUAAUAAAGUUGUGAAGAAAACUUA